AGGGCGUAGGUUUGCAUAUGGAUGGUAGGGAGAGACAUGUCCCUACCAAUAUUUUAGGAGGACAGAAUUGUCCUUCCUAAUACUUCAGAGAACUCGAGCACAUUAUUUUUCAUAUUAUACACUCUAAAUGACUUAUAAACCUAGAACUUGAUUUUAAGAGUCACCUAACUAAAAAAGUUUAUUUUUCUUAAUUUAGGUCAUUGAUGCAUACCUGCACCUGGUCGUUGAAAAACAACAGAUGAAGUUUCCCAUUGAGGACAUUUGGCUGUGCCCUGUGAAUGUUGGAGCACAUUGGAUUCUUGUGAUUAUCAACAUGCCUGAAAAAAAGCUCCUUCUGAUUGACCCAAUGGGAAAUGAAUGUUCUUAUGAACAUAAAAUUCUGCGGAACUGGAGGAAUUUUUUAAAACUGACGUGUGAUGGGCAAACAGCCCAGUGGCAAUUACGGACCCUGAAGCACGACCAGCAGAUGGAUUCCAGCAGUUGUGGAGUAUUGGUAUUGAAUUUUGCUGAACGAUACCUGCUGACAGGAACGAUCAGCGAUGUUCAGACUACGCCUGAAGCUGUCAGCUCAGCACGCAUUAAAGUAGCCUGCGCACUUCUUGGAUGUCGAGGUAAUGCAGAGGAGUACUGUGUGCUUUGCAGCAUGCUGGAAGACGACCCCAAUGAAAGCAUGAUUGAAAUGGUCCUUCCUCGGCAGGUCAGGAGCACUUCCCAGCACGUGCAUCCACUGAUGUGGUCAUCUAUCCUGUCUGACUCAGAAAGGACUGAUCUGGAAGUCAACAAAACUGGUAACAGAGGAUCAACAGGAUUGGGUAAAUAUAGAUAAUGCCAUGACCUGGAUGUUUCUGGACUGGUUUGUCCCUGUCUAUCUGCUGAUGGCUGUCCUUGUCCUGGCUGGUUUUGGAGCCUGCCUGUAUUUUCUGGAGCCGGGUCUACAGGAUGCUCACAAGUGGAGCAACAAGUCACUGAGACACCAGCCGCUGGCUUCCUUGAGGCAAAUACACUGCAGAGAUGACGACAGCAAUGCCUUGUUAUGACAGGACAUGUGUGGAGGCUUCAGUGAGACAUUCGUACCAUAUCAUGUAUUGAUGCCACUUCAUCAAAAAUCCAUUGUCUGCGUUGACACAACUAUAUAUUCUAUAGUUAUAUGCAAUGAUCAGGGAUUGGAUUUCCUUCCAGCGUUGUAAAAAAUUGAUCCAAGUCAGGAUAAUAGACAGCAGAACUCAGUUAUUUUAUGGUAAACGAUUGUUAUUGCAUUAAACAUUGUAAUAUAAACAGCAUUUGGUGUAUUCCUCAUACUAUUUCAAAACAAUCCAUGCAAACAGCUUCUAUUAGUUUAGAAAUCAGAGUAUCAAACAAAUAUUUCUCUUUAAACCAAGGAUACGCACAACCAAGAAUGAGUCAAUUAGGCUGAUAUUUGGCAAAAUUGAAGGGGAAAACUUAGCCUUUUGUGAAAGCUUGUGUGAGGAUACAUUUUAAAAACUGGACAAAAAACAGGAAACAUUUCCAAGCAGUGUUGGGUUGAAUGCAUGUCAAGUCAUUUUUAUUUGUAUAGCGCCUUUCACAACACAUUAUUUCAAAGCAAUUCAUUACUAAGUAAUUAAUUAUUGUAAUUAAAAUAAAAAAGUAAAGUCAGGGAUUACUCUUACUUUUUCAGUAAUUUAAUUACAGUUCCUUCUGAUGUAAUUGUGUUAAAUACUUUAUAGACUAUAGAACAAUUCUAUUUAAAACAAAAGUGAAUUUAAAAUAAAAAUGUAAAGUCUAAUGUUAAAAUAUAUGUUUUCUAAUUUAACGCUGCCCCCUUAAAUUCUUUGGCCAGUUCAUUAAUAUUGUAGUAGAUUUUUUAAAAGAAUAGUUUAUUGUCUAUCCUUGUAUUUUUUAUCUGGUCAAGGUUGUUAAGGGUUUAAGAAAGUAAUUAGUAUUAAGUAAUGCAAUUACUUUUCGGACAGAGUUAUUAGAACAGUAAUCUAACAACAUUGACGAAGAUGUAAUUAGUAGUUAGUAAUGAAUUACUUUUUUUUAGAGUAACUUACCCAACAGGGGCAAGGGGCGGCUGUGGCUCAGUUGGUAGAGCGGGUCGGCCACUAAUCCCGGCCCACACGACUCCACAUGCCGAAGUGUCCAUGGGCAAGACACUGAACCCAAAGUUGCUCCCAAUGGCAGGCUAGCACCUUGCAUGGCAGCUCUGCCGCCACUGGUUAUGAAUGGGUGAAUGUGUCACAGUGUAAAGCGCUUUGAAUACUGCUAAGGUUAAAAAGGCUAAGUGCAGACCAUUUACCAUUUACCAUUACACUGUUUCCAGGUCAUGACGAUUAUGUUCUGGGUCACAUUUUAAAACAUGCCUGAAAGAUCUGGAAAAGCCAAAAAUACAUGUGCUGGUAACUCAAACAAGUGAACUAAUGUUUGUGAUUACUCAUCAAACAGUGAUAGGAAUAUCUGGGUUGCUAUGGUUACUGGCUCUGCUCUAAAAAGUGCCAUAUUUCACAAGUAUAUUCAAGACUCUAACUUUUUAAGUAUACCAGUUAUUUUCAAAUUGUUUAGUAUGAUAUUGAGACACAUUAUACUUUACCAUUAAUACUAGGCUAGUACUGAUAUUCGAUGGCCUGUAAGUGUGUUAAUUAUUGUCAUGUGUCAAUAAAGUUUUUGUCUGAAAGAAACUGUCAUAUUUGUUCCAAACAUCUGAAUUCAAUUCAUAUGACAUCAUCAUCUAAUUCACACCA